UCCAGUCUUGCGGUCUGGCAAGACACAAAAGCUGACCGUGUCGUAUCUUUCAAAGCUGGCACUCUGGCAGUGACACUCGUGCAUUGAUCUUCUUACUUUAAAUUUAUCAUCCGUUUCUUAUUCGCUUCGAUUAUUCAAGUGAAGUGUUAUUAAAUAUAAUAGUAGACUUUAGGAGUGAUCGCGUUUAAAGGAUCGGCGACGAGAAACUGAAAAAGCAUCUUGAAGCUCGGAGAAAUGUGGGUGAUCGCGAUGACGGUGUUUGCCGCGUGUGGUCUGGCUGGGGUGGCUGGGCACGGCAGGCUGAUGGAUCCCAUCGCACGGAACGCCAUGUGGCGCGCUGGCUUCCCUAAUCCCGUCAACUACAACGACAACGAACUUUACUGCGGGGGAUUUGUCGUCCAGUACCAGCAGAACGGCGGCAAGUGUGGCGUGUGUGGCGACGUGUGGACGGAGAAGCCGCCGCGCUCGCAUGAAGCGGGCGGCCUCUUCGGCAACGCCAUCAUCGCGAAGCGCUACACGUCAGGCCAGGUAAUCGACAUAGAGGCAGAACUCACCACAAACCACAUGGGCAACAUGGAAGUGAGGCUCUGCCCCAACAACGACCCUGACGCGGCCAUCACGGAAGAUUGCUUCGAAAAGUAUCUGCUGGGACUGGCAGAUGGAUCAGACUCCGUUUUCGUCAUUCCGGAAGGUACGAAGAAGUCGGAAAUUUUUCGUUGGAAGGUCAAGCUUCCGGAAGACGUGACUUGCAGCCACUGCGUCAUCCGUUGGAAAUAUUUUGCUGGUAACACGUGGGGUAAAUGCGAUAACGGGUCAGAGAGCGUGGGCUGCGGAAACCAAGAAACAUUCAUCAAUUGUGCUGACGUCAUCAUCAACUCUAACACGGCAACUGCAGCGGCGACGUCAGACUUCAACCCCUGGGCGCUGUACUCCAGCAGAGAUAACGUGGUUCAGAAUGUCAGCGCUGAGGAGGCUGCUCAGCAGGGGCUCAAACCGCUCAUCAUAAGAGCCCAGCGCUGCAUACCAAUUGACCCCUUCCAUAACGUUGCCAACAUGGACAUGUGGUGCAUGAUCAACUGCCUCAAGUACCCUCCUAACUGCCACCCCAGCUACUGCAAAUGCGUACACGACUGCAGCGCAGUGGGGGAGUUCGCCCUGAUAGAAGACGCUGACAUCUGGUGCCAUCAGAACUGCCUCAAGCAUCCCUCCUACUGCCCUCCGGAGCGCUGCCACUGCGUCUAAAUUAAGUCACACUUCUUCAUCCACCAGGGGCCGUACUAUCAAAACUCGCUUAAAUACACGUAGCGGCCUAAGUACACGUACAGGCAAUUACACAUUGCGGCUCAUGAAUACGUCGUGGCCCAAAUAAACAUAGCGGCCUAAGUACACGUAGCCGCCGAUUUUUCCCUUAUGAUAGGUAUGUUUAGCUUGUAAGCUGCCAGGGAUUGGCUGACGGAGUCGCGAACUUGUAACUUUUAUUUAUAGUGCGGCCCCUGGAAACUACAUUCUGUUUUUUUCCCUAAUUUGAAAUUAGACGAACAGUUUACUGCGUUAACUGGCUGUAGAAUCGCGGAGCUCUAGAACUUCUAACAUCCGCUCCUACUCUGCUUUACACAAGUCUUGCUUCAAUAUGUCUUGCUUACUGUAUUACUGUAACAUUUCUUAGUCAUGAUCGCUCUCACCUACUGUAACAAUACAUUUAUUGCUUCAACAAUCCAGUGACAAAAAAGUUCUCAUAUGGCGAAAUGAGUAAUGCUGACUUUAUCUUGGUUUUAGGCGCAUAGUUUUUUAGUUAUAUUCAAGGGAUUUAAUAGAAGCUAUAGAUAUAACAUAAAAAUAAAUGAACGACUGAGAAGGUGAGGUUUGCUCAGGAAAAUGUGGGUUGAAGCUGUGACUUGAAUAGUGCUCAAAAGUUAAGCUCUUUUUUUAUCACUUUAUCACUUCAUAUUUAUUUAUUUAAAUAGUUCGUCGGCGAAUACUUAUAUCUAGUAUGAAUAAUGGCAAGACGCCAGAAUUUAUAAGUGUGAAUUUUA